UCGAUCUCCGGGUUAGGGAUAGAAUUUCACAACUGUCCGUUUUUGAAAUUAACUUUUACUCAGUGUUAGAUGAGGUCAUUUAAGCGUUGACAAGUUUUACAGUUAUUUGAGUUUCUGACAUCAGGAUUCAGACUGUACAAAAACAUUACUUAGGGGUGAAAUAUUAUUCUUUCAUUUGCAUUAGACCUACUUGACUGCAAUUGUACCAAUAUGGCAAGUUGCAAAGGAUGUAUUCUGUGUUGUAUGUUGAGAAAAAUAUUGAACUGUUGGUGGUGACUUUUGCAGACGAAAAUUUAUAAAGCAUAUACGCACUGAAGAAGCGAAAUGGCCAAGGAGUGUUGUAAAACUGUGAAGAAACAGUUUAGUUCCCACAAACUUCUCCUUGGUUCCAAGCAUCCUGAAAAGUUCGUGCAGACGGAGUGUCUUUCACAAAACGUGUAUUUGGUAUGGCGACUUAUCUGGAUGCUGUACCACUGUGGUGCCAUAGUUGCCUCGGGCAUUCUGGAACGGCACUACGCCACGACGACGUCGAACCGAGUGAAGUGGUUCAUCUUCCUCACCAACUGGGCCUACCUGACCCUAACACUGGCCGUCAUUGCUGACUUCGCCGCAGUGACGUACUUCCGGUGUGCAGCUCGGGCUGUUAACAAUGAUAAUGCAGUGAAAAUGCCAUGGUUCCUGAAAGUCGUCUGGUUGUUGUUCAACAUAUCUAACGCUAUUGGCAUCGAAAUAUCCAUCAUAUACUGGGGCCUAAUUCACGACGUUGAAUGGGGUCUGGCUGGAUACAGGAUUCUGCCAUUCUUAACGCACGGGAUGAACACUCUCUACAUCGUCCUCAAUCUUCUCGUCACCGGGAUUCCAGUUCGUCUUCUUCACUUUUGGCAACCUUUGACCUUUGGCCUCGUCUACGGGGUCUUCAGCUUGGCCUACACGAUGGCCGGGGAGACCAAUGACAUGGACGAACCGUUCAUUUACUCGAUAUUAGACUGGAACAAGCGUCCCGGACUGACGGCAGGCAUUUUAUGCGGCGCAUCAAUCGGUGCUGUUCUGGUGCACUUUCUGUUGUACUGUCUCUACAAAGUUAAAAUGGUUUUCGUGAAGUUACUGUGCGGGAGAAACGAGUCGCUUGUCUCCCCUUGUCAGCAAUGAAUACAACUUACAUGUUGUGACAGUGUACUGCUUGUAGAAUGGCUGAAUAAUCAGGCCCGUAGCAUGGGGGUGGGGGUGGCCCGGGCCCCCAAUAAUUUUGGCUUUUUUGUUUUUGAUAACCUUUACUGAAUGUAAAAGUAGUAACGAGACUAACGGAUCGAGAUUAACGGUGAGAGUUACAGUAACGGGCAAAUAACCUUUGAAUCAUGCCCCCCGGACCCCUCAAAUACGUCUAUUUCGGCGCUCGUUCAUUUGGCCUCCCCCCCCCCCCCCCCCCCCAAUAAUGUCCACCAUGCUACGGGCCUGAUAAUGCUUAUACAGACAUUGCACAUGACUGGAAAGUAUUAUAAGUAUGAUAUUUCAAAUGAAAAUCUUCAAAAUAAUAAUAAUUAAAAAACAAAAAACAAGAAGAAGAAAGAAAUGACAAAUUGACAAUCCAAAGAAAGAAAAACAACAUAAUAGUGAUUUAUUCUUUAUAGUUGCCCGUAUAUUUUAGGGACGAUUAAUAUUUAUUUUCCCUUUCAUGUUGCCACAGUAUUUGGCGACCUGACGAUCGUCAAUUUCGAGCCCUGCUGUGUUUAAAACAUUUAUUUCAAACGCCCUUCGAUAUGUAUACUAAAAUACAGGCCUAUCGAAGCACAGCGGAGGUUAACUAGCAUUGAAGAGAAUGGCCGAUGAAGGACGGAAGAUUUUUUUUUCUUCAGAUGUUAGCGGAAACUGACUGUUUAUAUUUGACGUGAUUUGAUAUUAUUCCAAAAUCCAAAGUUCUGAAUCGGCCUUUGUUAGCGUACAAUGUCGUCUCGUCCUAGUCUCUCCCCCGCCGGCUGAUUUGCCAGUAAUUUACAAAGAGUGUUUACUUCAACGACAUUAACAAACUGAUUCCUCGCAGUGUUGCCAAUUUGUUACGUUUAUUCUGUGUAGUCACAAUUUACGUUGUAGCUUAUGCUGUAUGAAAUAGCAUGGGGGAUGUGUUGCUGAGAGGGACACUUGAAACCCAGACGAUCCUCUUCCUGUUCGGAUUGGCACAUUCGGAAGUAUCGAGUUGUUCCUUAAACUUCUUCUUGUUUUUUUUCUCUACAGAAGUACGUCAUAGAUGUCAUAAGCGGAUCUAGACUAUUGGCGGUUCCAGAGGGUGGUGGUGGUCUCAUUUAAGUCCUGUAACAAUCCUCCCCUCCCCACACGUUUGAAAAACCCUUUUUAAUGAUUAAAAAAAAACCCCUGUAUUAUCCACAAACCGCCCUGAAAACGCUGAGCAUCUUUAGGGUGCGGGAUGUAGCUCAGUGGUAAAGCGAUCGCGUGAUGCGCGGUCGGUUUGGGAUCGAUCCCGUCGGUGGGCCCAUUGGGCUACUUCUCGGUCCAGCCAGUGCACCACGACUGGUAUA